AUGCUUCAGGACCAUGCUCUCAGCGUCCUGCUGGACCUUGGUGGACGUGAAGAACCUCCCAAGUUCCUUCAGAGUUUUCCAGCCCAGGGAGAGGAGGACGAGGAGGCGCAGGGAGGAGAGGAACCCACAGGGGGGCAGAUGGUGAAAUCAUUGACGGAGUGUGCGACAGACUCCCAGAGCUCUCUCCCGAAGGAGUCCGUUUCUGCCUGCGCUGUCCCUGCUGCUCCUGCUCUCUCUGAAGUGGCUGGCCCAAGUCCAAAAGCUCUGACCGAUUUAGAUGCCACCAAGAACAAGGCUGUCACACCUUGCCCUGCCAAGCAGCGGAGGUUUAUGGUUUACAUCUGUGGAGGAUACCGUGACACAGUGACAGAAAGGCAGGCUUUGCGGGAGAAUGUUUAUCCACGACUCUAUCUGUACUGCAAGCAGCGGGGCUAUGAUUUCAAAAUGGUGGACCUGCGCCUGGGUGUCCCUGACCCCAUCACUGAGCAGAAUGACUCAGUAGAGCUGCACUUGGAGACCCUGAGAGAGUGUCAAGAAACAGAGGCAGCAAACUUUUUUGUGUUUGCUGGCCAGAAGCACGAGGUGCCGACCCCACCUCUCAGGAUCUCCCAGCAUGCAUUUGAGUCCAUCCUGAAGGUCGUGGAGUGCGACCGAAAGAAGCGUUCCAGGAGACGACCGCAGCUUGACGACGAGCUCUCCUCCAACUCCCAGUCCAGUGUGACUCCGAGUGACGCGGAGAGCAGCUUCGCCCAAGGCUUGAGCCACGAUCAGGAGGACCUUCCCCAAGGCUCGGCUAUGUUGAUUAGCUCUGAAACAACGGUGUCCCAGACCUCCCUGUCCGACGGGGAGGACACGGGCCUGGCGAGGGGCUGGGUGGAUUUCGACCGAGAUCUGACGCUCCUGCUGGCCUGGUACAAGCUGGAUGAGAAUCGUGUCCCUGCAGAGUACCGGCUGCUGCCUGUGAGCACGCACCACCCUGACUUCCUGAGCCGAGACGGCCAGCGCAGGCGGAGGGGGAGGAAGGCGUGGCGCACUUCCUGUCGACAGCUCUGGGCGGUGCUGAGGCGAUGCGCACCUGUGGCUCUUGGGGAGGAGGCAGCCGCUCACCUGCUCCGGACAGUGUUAGACUGGGAGGUGGAGCAGGGUCUGUCUGCGCUGAGCCCCCCUGAAGCCUUCUGCCACUGCUACAAGAGGAUCAUCCCCGACCUGCUGUACAACCUGUGCAGCGAGCACGCCGCCAACUACAUCGACCUGCUGAAGGGCCAGGGCGAGGUCAACCCCACGCUCCACGCGGCCCACCAGAGAACCAUCCAGAACAUCCACAGCAAGCUGCGUCACACAAACAUCUAUGAGAGGAACGUGGGCUGGGGACGGAGAGGCCUGAGCCCCAAGCACAACAGAUCCCACCUGUUCUACACGGAGCGCCUCUGCUCACAUUUCCAACGCACAGUCACCUCCUCCCUCAACCGGGUGAUGGAAUUAACCAGAGUGAAAGACUCCUUUGAUGUGAGGAGGAGAGCUACCUCUAGACAACAGAUGCAGGAGGAGAUUCUUCGCCAUAUCCGACAUGGUCAUGCGCUAGAUAAGGGGCAUGUUUUCAGACAGGAAGUCCUGCUGGAGAUCAGAAGGGUUGUGGAGGGGGCACCACAGACCCCCGUCAUAGUGCUGGGAGAACCCGGCUGGGGGAAGAGCACCACCCUCGCUAAAGUGGCUCUGCUAAUGCCCAGCUGGAUACCUGGUGAUGUGAGGGUGCAGCUGUGCUUCGUGGGCUUGACAGCAGAGAGCAGAAAUGUGCGGCUGCUGCUGCAGAGUGUGUGCACGCAGCUGGCGGAGGCCUACGGCUGUCACGCAGACAUCUCAGAGUCUCUCCCUCUUUUGGCCAGCGAGCUGCGCACAUUGCUGGGCCUGGCCAGUGCGGAGCGCCCUGCGGUCCUCGUGCUGGACGGCCUGGACGAGUUGUCCGAGGAGCAUCAGGCUGAUGUGUCCUGGCUGUGUGGGCCCCUUCCUCUACAUGUCUAUGCCAUUCUCUCUGCCACCACAAACUCCACUGCUGCCCUGGAACUGCAGAAACGUUCUCAUGCCCAGGUGAUUUAUUUGCCUCCCCUCACCCCUGAGGAGGUCUCCCAGGCCCUGGAGCUCAUGCUGGAGGCAGAUGGCCGGAGGCUUCAGCCCCAGCAGUGGCAGCUGCUCCAGCAGGCCUGCCUCUCCUGCCCUUCCCCUCUCUUCCUGGAGGCCGCCUGCUUCGAGACCAGGGCCUGGAGUUCUUUCUCUCCCCAGGAGAGGCUCAUCCUGCCCGGGGACCUGGCGAAGCUCUACGGGGCCGUGCUCGCCCGACUAGAGCGCGAGCACGGAGAGCAGCUGGUGCGACGGGCCGCUGUGCUCGUCUCGCUCUCCCGCGCCGGCGUCACCGAGGACGAGCUCCUGGAGCUCCUGGCGCGCGACCCCCAGGUCCUCCGUGAGGUGGACGCCCCGUCCCAUCAGCCCUCAACAUCCUCAUCCUCAUCCGACAGCCUUCCCAGAGUGCCGAGCGUGCUGUGGGCGCGCCUGCGCCGGGCCUUCGGUCCUCACCUGACGGAGGUGGAGAGCGACGGCACCUGGCUCCACCGCUGGAGCCACUUGGAGUUCGGCCGCAUCGUCGUGCAGCGCUACCUUCGCUCUGAGGACUGCAGGAGGGUCGUGCAUGCCGACUUCGCAGACUACUACAGAGGACGCAUCAGCGGGAGGCACACUGAGGUCUUCCAGCCUUUGGCCUGGGUCUUAAACGAGGGAGAGGAGCGCAGGAAGAAUUACGUGUUCAACCUGCGGAAGCUCCAUGGGCUGCCCUACCACCUGGUCCACUCGAGUCAGAUCAUGCCCCUGAUGGACGAAUGUAUUUUCAACUACGAGUUCCUCUUGCACAAAGCGUGGGGUCUGUCUGUGCUUCACAUCGAGGAGGACCUGAAAGCUGCUGUUAUACCAGAUAAGGAGCUGCUGGAUGUACAGGUGUUAUCGCAGGUGCUGCUCCUAUCCAGGGCCGUUCUCCUGCAGGACCCAUGCCAGCUGGCCUCUCAGCUUUUGGGCCGUCUGGCCCAGAUAGUCUCCCAAGACAAACCAGUGGCUCCAGGGGAUCCAUACAAAUUCACCUACCUGCACAGCCUGCUUGCCCAGUGCCAGCGCUCCUCUCUGCCUACUCUGGUGCCCUCCUUCACCUGCCUGCUGCCCCCUGGUGGUUUGGUGUACACCCUGAUUACUGGUCACACAACUCCAGUUACUGCCAUUGCGGGAGGUCAACAUGGCUCUAUCGUGGUCACAUGUUCCAGUGAAGGGUCAUUGAGGCUGUGGGACCUGGAGCUGGACAGUGUGGUGCAGAUGCCAACUGGGGACGAGAAUCUUUUAGUGGCAGACUCCCUGACUCUGUGCUUGAGCGAUCGCCUGGUGGCCAUCACCAAAGGGCACUGCCUCCAGGUCAGAGAGCUGUCUUCUGGGAAGGUGCUGUACUCCGAGAGCGAGUCUUUGGAUGUUCCCGUGGUUACCUGCGCAUCUGAGGGAAAGCUGCUGGUGGUCUUCUAUGACGGGAGUCAAAUGGUGAAGGCAUUUGACCUGACGGCCUCCUGUAAGCUCUUGUGUCGCACCAGCAUCGCCCUGGAGUCCGAUCCUAUCCACAAAGACCGGUCCAUCCUGGUGUCCCGCAAUUCGGUCAAAGACAAUGUGCUGUUUGCCUACAGAAGUGGUAGGGAGGCCGCCGUGCUCAGUGCCCGAGGAGGAUCUGUUGUGGCUACAUUGAAAGCCCAGCAUCCAUCUGCUACCAUACAGGCAGUGGAAAUGACCCCUCACUAUCUACUGGUCUUCUGCAGCUACCCGUAUAAAAGCCAGGGUGAUAUCAUCCACAUCGAGCUCUUCAGCACGACCACCUUCCAGUAUCAGCGCUCCAUCCUGGGUUGUGGUCAGGACCUCGUUUCCCAGCUAACUGUCACCAGGGCUGGAUCCCACGUUGUGGCCUUUUGCCCCUCUGCUCGCAGUGGCACCACUGACAUCAUCGUCUGGAACCUCGAGACGGAGGACCACAAGCACCUUGCACGCUUUCCAGGAUUGAUCGCUCAGGGGAUGUGUUUUGACCUGCGGUUCUGCCUGGGGUUCUGCCGAGGUGAAAGGUUCCUGAGGCUGUGGAACCUUGUCUCUCGGCUCAACGACCAGAGCCUCACCUACAACAGUCACCGAGUGAGGAGAGAUGGCACCAAGGAGGUCAUCCCUAUGGGCAAGGUCCCCAGGUACGUGUUGUGCAGGAGCAUGCGUCCCGGCACCAUACGGGUAUGGAACGUCGCACGUCCUCGGUUGGCAGGGCACCCAGUGAGGGUGGAGCACGGCCUGUUCACUAACACAGAUGUGGCGUUGGCACGCGACCUCAAACUCUACAUCCUGACGGGCAGGGGAACCUCCAGCUUCACAGAAUCAGCCACUCCUGUCUACCAGACAUUGUUGGUGUAUGACCUGCUGAAAAGGAGCUAUAUAAAAAAACAGACGGGGCUCUUCGUAGUGCCUUGCCCACAGAAUGACUACACCAUGCUGAAAGACCAAGUUCUCUUGGGCCUCUCGGAGACCAGGGACCAUCUCAUUUUGUGGGAUCUGGACUCUGGAUACAUCAAAGGUCGGAUCAAGCCGUCUCACAAAGAAUCUCUGCUGUCCAACACACCAGUGAGAGACAGGAAAUCCCAGAUCAUCCCAGUUAAAGAUCACAAAGUAUUCCAGCUGGUGAUGCCCUGGGACCGGCGCAUGGAGACGCACACGGCAAAGAGGAGGCGCUUGGAGAGGGAGGCGCAGAGGGAGAAGGAGGAGCAGUGGCGUCUGGACCAGGAGAAAUUCAACGCCGUGGACCGGUACCUCCUCAGUGGAGACGAACAGGUAGUGGUGUGCUCGUACUUUGCUCACCAUCUGAGUGUGUUCUGUAUGAGCACCCUGGAUCACAUGCACACCCUGGAGGACCGCUCCUCUCUGCUGAACCUCCAGACAGCUGCUCUCACACACACCGGCGGGCACCUGGUGAUCAGCAACUACAGCGAGGCGCAGCACACCCCCUACCUCACCCUCUGGGACCUGAAGAGAGGCAUGGUGCGUAAGCGAUUGAAAAAUGAGCCUGGAGUCUGUUGUGUUGCCAUGACUAACGAUGCCAGCCGAGUUGCAUUUGGCAUUGCUGCAAUAAAUAAAAUUAAGGUAUGGGAUCCAUUCAAAAGGAAGCACAAAACCAUUUCUGGCUAUGGGAGUCUACAAUUUGGGGUGGUGAACCAGCUUUUCCUUGUGGAAGAAGGAGCUAAAGCUAUUCUACUGGCUGGUGAGCUGAGCAUGUGGGACCUGAACGCGGGGACAGUCCUGUCGGUCUUCACGCCUGACUCCACCAUCCAGUGCGUGUCUCUCCUGGGUGACGCCAACAACACCAUUUUGCUCGGCUUCAGCGACGACCCCACCCUCAUCACUGUGAGGCUGAGCAACACGGGGGUCGUCAAGGCCACACCUUGUGCCCGGCGGGAGGACCUGUUCGGCGAGUCCAGCAGCAGUGAGGAUGAGCAGAGUGGACAUUAACAGGCCAACAUCUCUGUUCAUUGUGGGAUGAAGAGAGAAUUAGUUAGGGUUGAUAUGGAAAGCAAUUGGAGUGAGAUGUCUGUUAUAUCACAUAUAUGUCCUCUUUAAUACAUGAUUAGAAUCACAGUGAAACUUACCAUAAUUGGGGAGACACCAGAAUAAGGGUAAUGGCUUUGAGCAAAUAUUUAUUUUCAACAAAAUACCUUCCUAUGAAUGAUGUCACAUGAAUCAAAUAAAUGUAAUUUAUUAUUAUAUAUUGUAAUUUAGGCAUUAUACAAUGAUGUAUUAUUUUCACGUUGUCAGAUUCUGUAUAUAAU